GCCAAAUGUCAAUACAUCCUACAAAGGGUUUGUUUACGUUGAAAGUGCAUUGCCGGUGUCGUUUAAUUAGAUUGUUUUGUACAUAUUAUGAUAUGACUUUGUUAAAGCUGUAUGCCAUGUUGGCAGUCACUGUGGUGAUAUUGUCCACAAGUCACAAUGCUGUUCAAGGAAAAUGCACCAAAGUGUGUGAACACAAGGGCCAUCUUGAUCAGAAUAAUUGCACUUGCAAAUGUCAAGGCCUAUGGGAAGGAGAUACAUGUGAUACAUGCACCUUGAACUGUUUAAAUGAUGGCUGUCGUCGUGAGGCUAGUUGCUUUUGUGAUUGUAAAUACUACUGGAGAGGAAAUCGUUGUGAAAAAUGUUCCUUAAAAUGUGUUCAUGGGGAACUUGAUGGGAAACAUUGCCUAUGUGAGUGUUAUGGCCUGUGGACUGGAGAUAAAUGCGACAUCUGCUCGGCUGAUUGUUUUAAUGGUGGCUCCUUUCACGAAGAAACCUGCUCGUGUACUUGUCCAAGCAACGUGGGUGGACCUGAGUGCCAAUUGUUUCCUAAGGCCAUGCAUGAGGCUGAUGGUUUAAGUGUAGGUACUAUAGUGGUGAUUGCCGUCGCUUGUUUGGUGGCUGUCACUGCUCCUGUGCCUUGGGUAUUGUACAUGAGAAGGAAAAGACAAAAUCGAAAAGAACAGAACGCGCUUAUUAAGAAAAAUGUUCAAAGCCAAGCUAACCUGUCCUUCUUGCCUUAGUAACCCAAUACUAAAGAGGAAGAAAGGACAGUACACCAACAACAGAACAAAGUUUGUCUUUUUGUCUGAAAAUAGUUCAUAAAUAAAGUUUGUUUUGUUUA